AUGGCCAAGUACGCGAGAGACGCAACCGAAGGGUUCCGUAAUUCGAUUGAGAAUGUUGCAGUUGUUGGUGCAGGGGGUCAAAUAGGCAGAGCUAUUGCAGCGCAACUUCUCAAAACGGGGAGGCAUCGAGUUACGGCAAUCACGCGUAGCGGAAGCAGCAACUCGCUGCCCGAAGGUGUAGAGAAAACAUUUGUUGACUACAACGACGAGGAAUCUCUAAUCGACGCUCUGAGAGGCCAGGAUUUCUUGGUCAUUACGCUUUCCCUCAGCGCGGCGCCGGGAACCCACAGUGCCUUGGUCAGGGCCGCCGCAAAGGCAGGAGUGAGGUACGUGAUGCCGAACGCCUACAGCAUCAAUUUCGCAACCAGCGAGAAUCUCCGACGAGACAUUCCUGUUGGGAACACGGUCCUCGCAAACAUCGCCGAGAUCCAACAGGCCGGCAUGACAUCAAUUACCUUGAUGAACGGAUUCUGGUACGAGUACAGCCUUAUAGCCGGUCCCGCAACCUUUGGAUUCGAUCUCGACAACCGCAUCAUUACGUUUUACGACGACGGCAUGAAGGCCAUCAACACGUCAACUUGGGUCCAGUGCGGACGCGCAGUUGCUUCACUUCUCAGCUUGAAAGUACUUCCCCGAGACGAAGAUGACCAGUCGACGACAAUUUCCGAGUUCCACAACAGUACCCUCUUCGUUUCAAGCUUUAAAAUCAGCCAGAGAGAGAUGUUUGACAGUGUGAAGCGAGUCACGGGCACGACUGACGACGACUGGAGGAUCUACUUCGAACCAACCGAGGCACGCUACAAGGCUGGCAUGGAAGACAUGGAGAGGGGGAAGCCGGAGGGCUUUUACAGAUCGAUGUAUGCUCGGGUCUUCUUUCCCAGCGGAGAUGCAGACUUUGAGUCUGACGGAGAUCGCCUGGGGCUCCCGGCUGAAGACUUGGACGAGAGCACGCGCUACGCCCUGUCGCUGAGGAGUUCGUCCUAG